AGAAACAAACCAUGAACCUUCACCUCCUAAGACAUUUGCCAGACUGUGAGGUCAUUUGGACCAUUAUUUCAUUUCUCUUGUUUUGGCUUUGAAUCCAUGAACUCCCAUCUGAAAAGCAUGUUCCAUGGCACUCAACAUGUGAACAGUCAGAUCACCUUUGCAGUAGCAAUGACAAAGUCUCUCCCAUGUCUUGUAAAACGAAUAAGGGAAAAGAGCACAGAUGACAGUCUGCAGGGAUUACUUCAACAGUUGUCUUCUAAAACAUCAAGGGACGAUGGUGGUUGUGAUGAAGAGCCAAUUGCUGUUUUGGGCAAUAAAACCAUUUAUCCUGCCAACAAUCACAGCAUUAUUGUACAGGAGGCAUUGCGGCAUAACAAUAUGGUAGGAAAAGAAGUCUAUCAAUUUCCACGAUAUAGCUAUGGACAUAAACACCUUAAAUCUUCCCAAUUUGACACCAGCAAAACCAGGAACAACAUCACAGUUCUAUUUCAACAUGAGCAGAUGAUGUGUCUUUGA